AUGAGCGCACAACAUGACUGGCGACAGACCGUCGCAGCAAAGCAGCAGCAAAGGCAGUCAAACAUCGACGCCUUCAUCGCUGAUCAAGAUCCGGCCUUGACAGAGAAAAUCACCGCAAUCGACGACACCGUUCUUCUUUCGAGGCUGCUGGCUACAGGAGAACUGAAGAGUGAAGAUGUGACAAGGGCAUAUAUUACAAGCCUCACAGAGAUGUUAUUCUCCGAAGCUAUUCAAGACGCUAAAAGGCUGGAUGAGUACCUUCGAGUCAACGGGAAACCUAUUGGCCCCUUCCACGGAGUCCCAAUGACGCUUAAAGACCAGUUUAAUAUCAAAGGCUAUGAUACCACACUUGGAUACACCGUGAGGGCGCUCAAACCUGCUUCUGAAGAUGCCGUUCUAGUCAAAAUGCUGCGAUCAAUGGGCGCAGUUACCAUAGCCAAGACAAACGUCCCUCAGAGUAUCAUGUGGGGAGAGACAGACAACCCGCUUUAUGGACUGACUACAAACCCCAUGAAUGCAGAUUACACUCCAGGUGGCUCAACUGGUGGUGAAGCCGCGGCAUUAUACAUGAAUGGCAGCAUCUUGGGAUGGGGAACAGACAUUGGCGGAAGCGUUCGCAUUCCAAGCCACAUGAUGGGUGUCUACGGUCUUAGAUGCAGCAACUCCAGAUUACCGCACCGGGGAUGUCUUGUCUCGACAGUUGGCCAAGAACAUUCGCCGUCAUCCGUCGGUCCUCUUGCUCGCUCGCUCUCCACCAUCCAGCAUGCAAUGAAGGAAAUCAUUCUCCGCGAGCCUUGGCAGAGCGACUACUAUGUUUCCCCCGUUGCAUGGCGACAAUCCAUGUACGAAGAAUAUUCCACCAAGAAGUUGACAAUCGGUCUUUUCCUUGAUGACGGCAUGGUAAGACCUCACCCACCAGUUACCAGAGCAUUGCAACAGGCAGCAGCAGCUCUAAGAGCCGCAGGCCAUGAAGUCAUUGAAUGGCCACUGGAUCUCCACGCUGAAACCAUUGAAUUGAUGGACGAGUUCUUUACCGUCGAUGGCGGACAAGACAUUCGCCGUGAUGUCGAGGCGGGAGGCGAGCCCUAUAUUCCCGCGAUAGAAAGUCUCGUCAACGCCGGUGAGGCCAUCUCCCUGCACGACUACUGGCAGCUCAACAAGCGCAAGGCCAACCUACGACAAGCCCAUCUCGAAAAGUGGACAACCGUCAAGUCGCCCACGACGGGCAGGACUGUGGAUGCGAUACUGAUGCCAGUUAUGCCUCACUCAGCAGUCCCUCACCAAGCAACCCGGUGGACGGGCUACACCAAAGUCUGGAACUUGCUCGAUUAUGUGGCGCUGGCUCUUCCCGGGGGUAAAGUUGAGGGUGCUGAUUGUGCUGCGCAGUGGGACUACGCUCCACGAAAUGAGGCGGAUGAGUGGAUUGGUAGCGUUUGGAGGGAUCGCAAAGAGGAGAUGGCUGAAAUGGGGCUUCCGGUUGGGGUACAGAUUGUUGGAGGGAGGUUAGAAGAGGAGAAGGUGUUGGCUAUAGGCAAAGUUUUGGACGACUUGCUGAGGGCGUAG